AUGGAUGCCCAAGGCGCCUUCUCCGCGAUUUUGGCUGUAGAAAGUAGCGCAAAACAGUUAGCCUCGAGGGUGUCCUGCCUGCUGGAAUCUCUCAAAUGCAAUCUUACCACGGUGAGCUGUGCUUUUACCAAAUUUUCUAUCCUAAACAGUAGUUUUGAGGGAAGUCGUAGACGAUACAGUGAAUGCCGGUCACGCUGGACCCAAGCGUUUUCUUAACAGAUCAAGUGUGUGGUUAAAUUGUCGGAAAAAGCAUACAAGAGCUAAGGUAUACAGUGGACCAACUAUCGAGGACCCAUUUACAGUCUGUGGCUUUAAAAUUCCGCAGGACGUACCCUGCACUCACCAGAUCUUAUGGCUAGUCGACAAACUUAGUCUGUGGACUUCAUGAUCUGUGUAGGCCACUUGAUCUAACUUACGGUCUGCAGCACGUCCCCCUGUUUGCCCAAAGGGACAUUGUCUCGUUGACUCGAAACAAUCACGGGCACGUUUGGCGGAAUGACGACAUAUAUAAGGUCAGUUUCUUCUUUUCGACGUUUGGUCAAGUAAACGUCCAACCUAACUGACCGGAAUCAACUGUAUAUAGAAAAUCUACACUGAUCGCGGCCUAGUUAUUUACGCUUUAAUGAUUUUCAGGCUUCCAACUGUUCAAGAGAAUGCAUUGACCUCUACCAUGCCUCGGUUUCUCAAACGUGCUGUGAAGCUGACGCAAGCAUCCGGGUGCGUUUUCCAGUCGCUCCGUUCCCCCCCCCCCUCGUAAAUGUCUGUCCUGCAAGUCGUCCACUGAAGCCCUGUAUGUUGCGCCCGCCUCCAACCCACCCCCCUUCCUGUCUACUUUGUUUUCCUACUUCGAAUCGAACGCCCAAAUAUACGGUAGAUAGUUUACUGUGUUUAAUUAUAUAGAUCUAACACAAAAAAUUGUACUCUUUUUAUUAUUUUUACUUUUGGCACAGAAGUUAGAGUAAAUUUUCCAUGAAUGGCUCCGCUCGAACAGUUUUUCCCACGAGCUCAUAUUCAUUUGGCUUGAAAAGUUCUGGCCGUAUCUGGCGUUUUUAGGAUUUAACUGAACAUUGACCUGCCUUCAAUGCUUCUCGCGUUGUUCUUCUGAAGGACCUUUUCUGGGCCUGAUUUACAGAUUAGUAUGAAAGGCACCGGUUUUGGAUGCAAGUCCUAGCAAACAUGUUUUGCGUUUAAUUUUGACUGCCUCUUUGACUAGCGUCUUACUAUCGCCGUUUCUUCUUUAGCUCAUGUACUCCACAAUGGCCCAAUGCGAAGAAUUGACGAAGGCCAUGUCGGAGGUUCCGAAGCUCAUGGAGGAUCUGUAUCCUUUUUCUUCACUUGAAGCAUUUUAUCCACAAAAAUUCCCUGAUAAAAAGUCUGGGCAUUUAGCCCGACUUUGCUCGAUUGAUAUUUAAAUCAUUUUUCCUUAGGAGAAAAGACUGUUAACUGAAGUCCCGACAGGGGUUAUUGUUGACUAAAUUUACCAAGCCAUGGAAGACAAAGGAGAAGGACGUGCGACCUUUGUUGCUCAUUUUUGUUUUUCGAAUUUGGCUUUUCUCCUUGACUCUUAACGCAUUCCUUUUUCUUUUGACAGGGCUAGGGUCAAGGAUACUCUGCAACAAAUCGAGAACUUUUUACUACCCUAA